AACGCUAUUGUCCCCCAGUUUCUCUCUUUCCCUUUCAUAUCUCGACAGAUCAACCGGAAAAAGAAAAGAAAAAACGUCUUUUUCCCCCUAAUCUCUCUCUAUCUCCCCGAUUCCUCGAUUCUCAUAGAUUCAGGAGGAACAUGAGUAUUUGAUCGGGGCUUUGCAUUGGGAGAGACAGUGGUCGGUGAUUCGUGUAAAAUGCGGGUGCUUGGUCUGAGCUCAAGCUUAUGCUCAAGUGAGGAGAAGGAAGAAGAAGAGAUAAUUGGAGACUCGGGUCUCACACCGGUGUAUCUCAACGUGUAUGAUCUAACACCUGUCAACAAUUAUCUCUAUUGGUUCGGGCUUGGGAUAUUUCACUCAGGAGUUGAAGCUCAUGGUUUCGAAUAUGGAUAUGGUGCUCACGAGUACUCGAGCAGCGGUGUGUUUGAGGUUGAACCUAGGAGCUGUCCAGGUUUUAUCUUCAGGCGGUCAGUUUUGUUGGGAACCACCAGCAUGUCUCGCUCAGAUUUUCGCUCAUUUAUGGAGAAGCUUUCGAGAAAAUAUCAUGGGGACACGUACCAUUUGAUUGCCAAGAACUGUAACCAUUUCACUGAAGAAGUAUGCUUGCAGGUAACAGGAAAGCCUAUUCCCGGAUGGAUUAAUCGGAUGGCUCGAGUAGGUUCUUUCUGCAACUGUAUCCUUCCAGAAAGCAUACAGCUCUCAUCGGUUAGACAUCCCGAAGCCCUCGAGUUCUCUGAUGAUAAUGAUGGAUCAGAAGAAUCAGUUGCGUCUUCUCUCUCAGACGAAACAGAUGGAGAAGGAUCAGAUCAUCAUCUCAUAAUAGCACCAAACAGUGACAUUGCGUAUCUACAAGACAGACCAGUGCGACUUGCCCGUGAGCUCCUCCAAGAACCAACCGAUGAAUCUCCUCAGUACUUGUUGAAGCAGUCUUGAGCUCUCUAAAGCAGCCAUCGGGAUCACCAAGAACUUAAUAUCGUCUGUAGCAAAAAAAAGAUCACCAUUGAAACAAAAGUGAGUAUUGUCUGCAAAAAUUCCAUCUUGAGUAUAUUCUUUCGACCUAGAAAUGUAAAAGAGAUUUGAAAUCUAAAUGAGAACCCAUCUAAGAUAUUGAUGGUAGUGAGUUUAGAGAUAAUGGUGUGAACUUGUUGACAAAAUAGUGUUUAUGUUUGUUCUCAAAGCAGCUCUUA